GCUGCACCAGCUUGGUCCGUUCCAGAUACAGGUUCUGAUCCAGAAUCUGGCUUCAUUAUAGCAAACCCUUAUUUAUUUGAACGUGCCUUAGAGAAGCUGGACAGACUAAUUGGAGAGGUGAUUAAUAUCAUCGACGAAGAGAUGUUAUCCCAAGGCGCCUCCAGCCGAGAG